AUGCCGGGAGACCAAACUCCUUUGGAAAUCAUUACUCAGCAUGUCAAUCACAAGAACAAUCUGCCAAAGACUGGCAGCGUCCCUUGGCACUUGGCUCCAGAGUUUCCACACUCAAGCGAGCUGAUGUCCAUCGAUGCUGCCCCAUUGCCCCAUCCCCCAAACAUUAAAGUUCUAUCUGAACGUGAUGCCAAGAAUGCCUACCUUGAGUUCCAGUACAUCACGAAUCGUUUCGAGGGUACUGAGCUUCUUCGGCAAGCUAUCAACUGCUUCAGGAACAAGCCUAGAAUGAUGGAGGGAGACAGAGAUAACUUCUACAUCUAUACACAAGUCAGUCACAUUUUCUCCUUCCUCAAGUCCUCUACUAACAGCUACAAGGUACACGUCCAAGGCUACUUGUUUGCUAGAUCUGGGGCAGCUUGCCGCAUUGCCUUCUCAACAGAGCGCUCACCCACCAAAGUUGAGUGGAAACAGUCGAACCGGCUUACUGCUGGUACCCUUAUUGCGCUGUCUCCCAAAGAUGACAACUUCAACACCCAAUGCUAUGUUGCAGUUGUUGCCGCACGAUACAUUGUGGGUGGCCUUGAACCUGAUCCUGCCAAUGACGAAGGUGAAGACACUCCGCCCCGGAUCGAGAUCUUUUGGUCCGACUGCAACAAUGCCGUCUUCGAUCCUUCCGUUGAGAUGGUGAUGCUCGAAGCCAAAGGAGGUUAUUUUGAGACUGUUCGCCAUGCCAUGGUUGGGCUACAACAUGCCGCAAAGUUUGAUUCCAAGUUUGACAAAUACAUCAUUCAUGAGUCCAACACCGAACACACGACCGACUAUCUUGCAGACACUCCAGGGCAGACUCCUCGUAUUCCUGACAGAGCUGACCACCUUGAUCCUUCUCAAAGGGAAGCUUUGGAACGCAUGGCCCACAAAGAGCUGGCGGUUAUCCAAGGUCCUCCUGGCACUGGCAAGACUUUCACAUCCGUUGUAGCCAUUGAAAGCUAUGUCCAGACUCUCAAGUCUCGACAAAAAGGAGAUACCCCACCCGUCAUAGUUGCUGCUCAAACCAACCACGCUCUCGAUCAGCUUCUGGACCGACUCUCGGUUUUUGAGGCCGUCAUUGUUCGUCUCGGUGGGCGCACAGAAGACGAGGCGAUAGAAGAGCGUACUUUGUACAAUCUCAAAGCCAAAUUAAAAACACAAAGUGGUGGCAUCGCGGCUGAGAGAGCUCGAAGAAAGGUUCUCGGCACAAUGGAGAAGUUGUUGUCGCAAUGCUUCCCUGCAUUUCUGAUUCCAGCUGAAGAGUUUCUUAAAGAAGGACUCCUCUCGGAUGCUCAGUACAAGUCGUUGGAUGAUGACGAGUGGGAGUCUGCUACUCUGGUCAAUCGUGAUGACGGAACUGAGAUUGAGUGUCGCAUUGCGCACUGGCUCCAGGUCAUCGAGACAGACACCACUGUUGACAUACGCCCUCCCCAGAACCAGGCUGAAAAUCCCGAAAAAGAUGAUGCUGUUGAUGAAACCCAGCAAGAGAAUCAGAAGGAGAGACUCAAAGGUGCUUUCUUUCCCAUGAAGUUCAAUGUCACCGGUGCCCUUCCCAGUGAACUCUCCAAACAAGCCUCCUGGGCUCACCGAGCCCGCAGGCUAUUGAAACAGCAUCAAGAUCUAUAUAAGAUCCAGCCACGUUAUCGCGGCAUGGUCUAUCACCUCCUACGAGAAGAACUUAUCCUCGCACGAGCUCAAAAGUUCCCUCAGCUUCUCAAAGAGUACCAGGAAGCAUGUGAUGAUAUCAAAGUCAGCCGAUGGGAGUCCGAUGUCAGACUCAUCACAGGUGAGCGUAUUGAGAUCGUGGGUUGUACAACCACCGGACUGUCCAAGUAUCGUGGUAUGAUCGCAGCAUUGAAGCCCCGCAUAUUGAUGAUCGAGGAAGCGGCCGAAACUCGAGAAGCCAACAUUAGUUCCGCUCUCUAUCCCAGCCUGGAUCAGGUUGUGCUCGUCGGAGAUCACCAGCAACUGGUCCCAUCUGUAGAUGUGCGAGAACUCGGCCGUGAUCCCUACAACAUGCAUGUGUCUUUGUUUGAGCGCCUGGUCAAGCUCAAGUUGCCAUAUAGCAUGCUCCGAGUCCAGCGUCGUAUGGUCCCUGCAAUUCGCGAAGUGGUCAACGCGUUCUAUCCCAAGCUCACAGAUCAUUGUUCCGUAUACGACCCAGACAACCGGCCUCCUGUACCGGGCAUGGGCGGGAAGAGCCUUUGGUGGUUUGAUCACGAGGGACAAGAGAGGCAGAAUGCCAACGACUUUUCAUUUUCGAAUCCAGAUGAGGCUGACAUGAUAGUGGGCUUCGUGCGAUAUCUUGUUCAGAACGGCGUUGACCCGGAACGCAUCACUGUUUUGACGUUCUACAAGGGGCAGGUUGCUCUCAUCACGGAGAAGCUUCGUCGCGACCUAUACCUCGAACUCAAGAAUCCUUUGAAGAAGUGGUCGGUAAGAACUGUCGAUGGCUUCCAGGGCGAAGAGAACGAUGUCAUUCUACUAUCACUAGUUCGAACCCUUGGCCCGGGCUUCAUUGGGAACGCGAAUCGGACAAACGUGGGUACCAGCCGAGCGAGAUGCGGACUGUAUGUCUUCGGCAACUCCCAAACACUGGUGAGAGAUGAGACUUCAGAGGCUUACAGUACAUGGAGAAAGGUCAUUGAUGUGUUUGAACGCCGUCAGAGUAUCGACAACUACCUGCCGGUCACUUGCCGUAACCACGGAAUACGAACAAACAUCAAGAAUGCCAGUGGUUGGAAGUACAUCCCUGGAGGCGGUUGCGAUAAAAGUUGCGAGUCCACGUGUGCAAAGGGCCAUCCAUGUAAGCUCGCUUGCCACAAGUUCGACCACAGCGAGGUCAAAUGCUUGGAGAAGUGCGAAGAGGUCUUGAAGUGUGGCCACAGUUGCGAGUCGCGUUGUUGGCAGCCUUGCAAGUGCCCCUCACGAUGCGAUGAGCCUCCAAAGAUGAAGUUGCCCCUCAGGACUUCUCCGUUACCUGCUCGAGCUCCCAAAAAGCCCAAUUAUCGCCCCCAGUCACGAAGCGAUAGAACAAUUUCGGGAGGAUCUAGACCUCAAACGUCUCCAACUCGCCGGUCCGAUGCCUUUGAAGCUCCAAGUUCCCAGGUACCAACUUCAACUCCCAUGGCACAAGCUCGAAAACAUUGCUUAGAGCCAACCAGUGAACAAAUAAUGGAGGGGGGCUAUUACGCGGAAACGAUCCAGCAGGCCCACCAAACUGCGGACAAUGCCAUAACGACAACUAGAGUCUUUGAGAGUUUCGCGGAUGCCUCAAAGGAAGCCUCUCGCCGCGAGAACUGGAGCCCAGACAAAUUGGCCAAGAAGGAUAAACAGCUCGCAGAGGACGCGAAGGCCAAAAGACGCCAGAAGAGCCCCGAGUCAAUACACAUCAGUGAGACCUGGCACCGAACAACAACAUCGGACAGCCUUCAUCGGCGACGUGAAGAGAAAGUUGAAAAACAUUGGUCAAUUAAGGUCUCAACUUGCAAAGAAGCUGAACCCAGCCGGGAGAAGCCUGCUACAUCGGGCACCGAUAUUGGAGGGUCAUCAAUGGAGGAUGACAAGAAAGAUGGGGAGGACUUGAUCAGCUUCGAUUGA